AUGGCCAUCCUCGCCGCCGCCCGCCGGGCCUCCUCCCUUCUCCUCCUCCGCGCCUCCUGUGCACUGCUUCGCCCCGCUGCGUCUCCUUUGACGCCAAGGUCGCCUUGCUCAUCCUCCUUCUUCGACAGCGCCAAGAUCGCCUUGCUCAAAGCCGCGUUGGACUCCAUCGACGCCGAGACCGGCUCCUCCGCCUCCGCCGCCGCACUGUACUCCCUGCGCGCCGCGGCUGACUCCCUCGGCGCUUCCACCUUUGACGACCAUCUCGUCGCGACAUCGACUCCACGAUCAAGUCAUCCACCCGUCCCACCAAGAAGAACUUAUGAGGGUGAGCAGAUUGAAAUUCGGGCUUACACGUACAACUUACUCUACCAUGAUAACGGUAGUAUCCACCUAAAUGUCAGCGUCUCCAAGAGCAAUGGCUCGGACCUUCUAUUUUCCUGCUCUGCGUAUGCCGAUUAUAUCACCAUCGAUUCCAUGAAGAUGACGGGGCAGCUUGAAUCGCAUAAUGGUUUCGAGAAACUAGCUGCAAUACGGUCCUACUUCUUCAAGAAGCAAAAGUACAUGGUCAUAUUCUGGAACGAAGUAGCAAGAAGAAAGAUAUACCCGCCCGCCGGGCCUCCUCCCUUCCCAUCCUCCGCCGAGCCUCCUCCGCGCUGCUCCGUCCAGCGGCCUUGCCGGUGCCGGCGACCAGGUGGAGGUCGUCCUCCUCCAUGCAUCGACGCCGCCAAGACCGCCCUAAUGAAAGCUGCGAUGGACACCGUCCGCGCCGAGCAUGGCUCCAGUAGUGCCUCCGCCGCCGCACUCGACUCCCUCCGCGCCGCCGCCGACUCCCUCAGCACCGCCACCUUUAACGUCCAGCUCCUCUACGGCAUCGACUCCGCGAUCAAGUCCUCAGAGCACCACCGUCUCACCAAGUUCCGUACAUGUUUGGGAUCGAUUGCUUUCGAUUAUUACUAG